CGCCCUGAGAAUUAACUAGUUGUUUCCCUCCAACCGCGACGCGGAUUAAAUAACUGAAUGCUGCAAAGAAUAAAAGCUGAAUCCACGCGUUUCCCUUGAGCUGCUGAGGUAAGUGACAUCGCACGUGUGUUUGAAGGAAUCUCGAUUUGGGGCAGGACGCAUACGCGCGCGACCCCACCUUUAUAUGUAUGACAGCCUGAAGGUUACACGUCUUCUGGAUUUGGGGAUCAGUUAGACAAAACGGCACUGUGCAUAGCCAGGCCUCAAACUGACGGACAUUAGCAUGGGCAUGGAGAGUCAGGGCCCCCUGCGCCCUGCAGGAAACCUGACCCCAAAUCAGCUCAAGACAUUUCAGAAGGUGGAGCCGAAAGCACUCGGGUCCAUUCAGAUCAUCAUCGCAGUCUUGUGCUUGUGUCUGAGCAACACCAUUCUUCAGCUCUAUGAAGAGGUUCACUUCUCUCCUGAUCUCAUUGUUGUGGUAGUGAUCGUUGUUCAGUUGCUUGUGUCUGGAUCCAUCUUAAUCCACGCUGGAAGAUUCCCGUCUCUGUUCUGGGUGAAAGCCACACUGGUGUCUCACCUGGUCAGUGCAGCGUUCUCCACUGCUGUUCUUGGGCUGCUGUCCCGUCACCUGCCGUACCGUCAGGACACGUACCACUGUGAGCACUGCAGGAGACUGGAGAUCUAUGCUGUGCAACAAAAUUGUUUCAGGAGGUGCAGUUAUACUGUCGAGAGAAAUUGUAAACUCUUGAUCGAUGGCUUCUUGGCCACACUGGUUCUGUUUCUGGUGGUGGAGUUGGCGAUCUGCAUUGUAACCAUUUUGUUUGGACUAAAUGCUCUGGCUAAAGGCGGCGUGCAGCUUCCUGGUUUCAGACAGCAUGCUGCCCAAUCUCGCCCUGAGGCGAGCACCCCUCGCCAACAUCAGGUGGAGGUGAUGGUGCCAGAGGUGGAGCCAAUGCCUGAGCGUGAGCCUGAACCCAGAUCUGAGCCGACAGAAGAAAUCCCUAGCCCUCCCACCGAACCUCAAGUGGCCCCCAUUGACUCUUUAACAGACGUUUGACGCUUCGUGCUCAUGUGAUCUGUUUGUAUAUUGUAUUAGAGAUGAGUGAGGCCUUAACAUCUAGGUUUUUGUAUUUUACUGAUGUAUGAAAUCAACAUGAUAGGGCUUUAUAAUAUAAGCCAUUAUCAUUAUACUUAAAGGGACGGUGCAACCAAAAAUAGAAAUGAAUUUACUCCCUCAUGUUGUUUCAAACCUGACUUUCUUUAGUACACUGAAAAUGGAUGGUGGACCAAGGCUUGUCAAGCAAAAAAAAUAAAAAUAAAUCACCAUAAAAGCAAAAACAGGAAUGGUUCAUAUAACGUGUGCACUAUAACUCUGAAGUCAUACAUUUAUGUCAUCCAUUAAAAUAUUGCUUGACUACUGUGAUCCCUGUUCAUGUUUACAAAAAGAGCAAUUGAGACAUCCUACUAUUAUUUUGCCCUUUUGCAUUCCACUUAAGAAAUAAACAUUUAUUAAAAAUUGUGGGUUUCGGAAGACAUGAGGGUGAAUUUUCAUUUUGCUUGAAUAUUAUAUUACCUGCUAUAAAAGACUGCAGAGUUCCUUCAGGUCUGUUCAGCUGAUGGACUUACAGUGUUUCCAAAGCAGCAAAGACUGAUAUUCAUCUAAUACUCAGGGUCAAACCUUGACACUAAAUAUUAAACCUCUGCAACUAAUGUAGCCUGAACCCAUGAUUUCACAAUACUUGUUUUAUCUGCUAUUGUUAACUUUCAAUCCUUUAAAAAAAAGAAGAUAAUUUUCUUUUGAUGCCGUGUCCUCAUGACCUUUUUUUCUUGCAUCUGUUUGCAUUAUAAAUUGUUAUUGGUGCAUGCUUGUAUUCUUCCUUGCAUAUAUUUAAUCACUCAGAGCAUAAACUGUGCUGUGUAUGGCGAUUCUUGCAAUGGCAAAACAGCUCUUAUGCAGCAUUUUAUGAGCACUGAAACAACCCUAUGUUUAGGUUUUAUGAUUUGGUUCUGUGUGAAUUAGAUUUGACUAAACAUUUACACUAUUUGGGGUAUCAUUUUUCUUUUUCUUUUUUUAAUUCCUUACAACUGGAAAUCAAUUGCAUUUAUUAAUCAAAGAGUGUGGGAAGCUUGACCGUUUCUUUGGCUGCAAUGCAAACACUGCAGUUUUUCAAGUGUCUUUUCAGAACGAAGUACUAGAUGAAGCAAAUAACAUUAACAAAUACAGAAAGAUCAUUGCAUGACUGGUGUAAUUGUAACACAGCUCCAAGAGAAAACCAAAUGUGGUGUGUAUCAAAGGGAAAAAUUUAUUUAAACAAUGCAAGCAUGCAAGGGUGGAUCCACAUAAUGCAAGACACUAUGAUCAGGUAUUUGGUUUGCAAGAAGCUUAUUUUAAAUGUGGAUUGUAUAUCAUGCCAUCUUUAAAUCUUUGUCAGGUGUCAUCAACAACUACAACAAACUAUAUUGCAGAUAUUAUCAUGUUAACUGAGAAAUGGCACUCACCACUGAUCUGCAACAAAUAUUUCCAUCAAGCUAACCUACUAACAAGCAAAAAAGCUCUGUAUGAUAUGUUAAUAUAUGUUAGAUAUUGUAAAAUAUUCCCACGGUUCAUUUGGCCUCUUGAGUGUUCGUAAGCUGUGGAAAAUCUAAUGGCAUUAUAUGUAUAUUUAACCUCUAUGCUCAGAAGAGAAUGACAAAUAAUAACAAUAUGUUAACAAUAAAAUACAUGCAAGUUGGGCUUGCCUUUUUACUCCCUUUAAAGGAAAAAGAAAUAAAGUGUCUCCACUGUUAAUAUCAAACAGUGGCGUGAGUUCCCUAGACAGUAUGUCAGUUCCUGAUCUAAUGUCAUUGGUGCUAGUACUCCAGAAAAUCCAUUUGGUGCAGGAUGAGAAACCACGUUUUCAUCUUUCAUAUAAUCAUUCUGUAAUCUUCAAGGAGCAAUGGAUGAUUAAAUGGAGAGAGUAAGAAUAGGGCUUUAAUGCGUCAUCUUUGGCCCUUUGUUUGCUUGCUUAUUGUCUGACAAAGCUUAAUAGUUCAGCUAACAGUUAUUGUUGUACAUUACUUACUCUGCGGUCUCACGGAAUGGCAUUUGUAGUAUCUCUCAAGUAUCUGAAUUCAUUGUAUGACAGUAAAUGUUACAAAUCAGUCAUGAGUCUUCAAGGAAACUGUUGUUUAUUACAGAUCUAACAAACCAAAGCAUUUUUACUUUCGUACCUCUUUUACACAGCAUCUCUUCAUGUUCUGCCCUGAUCACUCCACCUCGUCUUGUUGAAUUGUGAUUUUUAAGCAUGCUUUUAUGAGUUUCCACUAGAUCAUGAUCAAAGAAAUUAAGAUGGUAUUGGAGAACAUUCUCAUGCUGUUUAAAGUGUAUUUUAGUUGAUGAAUGGACUUAUUAAAUCACUUUUAUGCACCAACAA